AUGCAUAAUGGUAAAAAUUCACAAAAUGAUAAAUUCACGUUAACAGGAUGGGAAUUUGGUUUGGCAGGAGCUUCUAGUGGAAUUGUGACCAGAUUUUUAUGUCAACCUUUAGAUGUAUUAAAAAUUAGAUUUCAGCUUCAAACUACUCCGGUGAAAAUAAAAAAUUCAGCAAAAUAUAAAUCGAUUCUUCAAACUGUAAAAAUAAUGACUGCCGAAGAAGGAUUAAGUUCCCUGUGGAAAGGUCAUAAUGCAGCUCAAUUAUUAUCAAUGGUAUUCGGUGCUGUUCAAUUUUCAAGUUAUGAACUUUUAUAUGAUUUUUCAUCUAAAGCAUGGAAUAAUAAAUCCCCUUUAGCAAAUCAUAUACUCCAUUGUGGUUGUGGUUGUGUUGCUGGAGUUUUAGCUACAGUAGUUUCUUUCCCAUUUGAUGUAAUCAGAACUCAUCUAGUCUUCCAAGGUGAACCAAAAUUGUACAAAGGUGUGAUGGAUGCAGCGCUUAAAAUCUAUCAAAAAGAAGGAUUAUCAGGUUAUAAAAAAGGAAUGACUGCUGCAAUUUAUCAAACUGCUCCUAUGUCAGGGCUAGUAUUUAGCUUUAAAGAAAUGUUCAGGGAAAUUUGGUUGUGGUCGAUUGGAAAAUUAAAUUCAAAACAGACAUCUUCAAUAUCAGCCAGCGGAAUUGUAAUAACAAAUUUUUUAGCAGGGAUUUGUGCAAAAACCGUUGUGUAUCCUCUUGAUUUAACAAAAAAAAGAUUGCAAAUUCAGGGUUUUGAUAGGAAUAAGGGUUGCUAUAAGGAAAUAAUCAAAUGUUCUAGUGUGAUACAAUGCUUUAUGUUAACUAUAAAAAAAGAAGGUUUUUUCGGUCUUUUCAAGGGAUUAUUUCCAUCUCUCAUGAAGGCUGGAGCUUCAACUGUAAUUUAUUUUACAACAUAUGAGUAUGCUUGCGAGUUGAUGAUUUAUGCAAAAAGGUAG